AUGGCCUUUCACAACUAUCACCACCAUCACCAUCCAACCCACAUCCCCCAGCUGCUGGACGCUCGAUGGAGGGCGCGGUAAGGCGAUAGAAUCUCAAAAAUCCAUAUCGUUGAAUAUUUCUGCUGCCCUUGGAAAGAGCGAGCUAAAAUUUUCAAUAUCGGUUAUGGGGCCUAUGCCCGAAAUGUGCGCAAAAUUUGAAGAAAAUCUGAGAGAAGAAAACCACUUGGGGUACUUUCCUUGCAAGAAUUGUUGUCGACGCAAAUUUAUAAAAUGUUUUUAAUAUUCUUAAACCAUAAAUAUUUUUUUCUAUAUUAUAUAAGACAAAGCUUAUGACGAAGCCUUCAUAUCCUAAAAACGGAUAAGAGGAUUGCCAUAAAAAACUAUUAAUAAAUUGGCUGAAAAAAUUGUUUACUAAAAGUUUAGGGCUUCUCGAAGGAUUUUCUCUAAUCUUUGGGUGGGCAAAAUUUUUCGAUUCAAAAUCUUUGUGAGAAAGUCGACGUUUUGAGACGAAAAUCGUUACUUUAAUCAGUGGGAGUUUACGUGUGUGGUCCUAAAAAUUUUGGGGUAAAUUUGGGCUGAAAAGCUUAAUUUGCAUGCAAGGAAAGUAUUUAAGUUUUGCACAUACAUGAGCAUAGAGCGCACAUAAAUUCCGGAAAUUUUAGCUCGCGCUUUUCAAGGAACCCCGAGAUGCUCAACGGUCUUUGCGGCCGAGAAAGUACGCGGAACGCGGAGAAUGGGCUGAGAGAAAAAUCACUUUUUUGGACGUAUCUUUGCCAGUUCGCAUGGAAAAAAAAUUAUUUUUUUUUAGAAACAUUACCCUUCAUGGCAGAAGCAGGUAUCAAACUUUUCAUACCAAAAUUCGCAAAAAAAGGGUCCUAUUUUGCCAACUUUCGACCUAGAAAUCUCGGUCGUUUCCGCAAAGAACACGCUGGCGGUCUCGCAUAGGUCUAAUUGUAAGAAAAAAUAAAUCAAGGCUUGUGCAAAGUUUCAUCAAUCUAAACGUUGUACUUAGAGUACUUUCCUUGCCAGCCAAUCUGAAUGUUUUCCUAUCAGUAAACCCGAUCACGAGCACACGUGCGGCAAAGUUGUCAAUAAGAAAACAUCCCAGCUGUCCCAGGAGUAAAUUUAAGGCUAAAAUAAAGCUUUGUAUAGCAAAAUCUCUUUAUAACGCGCAUUUUUUCUGGUUAUUUUCAUUCGUUGUAUAAAGCUGCUGUUUACAAUGGGAUCUCUUGAUAAACAGUUUUUUUUGAAACAAAAGCUGUCUAUAACGGACGAUUUUCCAAGGUCUAUAGUAAGCUAAUUUUGGGGCAAAAUAGGCUUCCCUACAACAAAAUCCUUGUAAAUAAAACAUAAAUUUUUUUGUCUAAUUCGUUGUCCAGGGGUUUCCUCUCUGAUCUACACUUGCAAUAUUAGUCUGUCGGCAAAAUAAUGAGCGCUCUGUCGCAUCGGAACUCGCAUUACCGCCGGGAAAAUGAAUUGUGUCGCGGCAAAACCAUUUUUUCCACUUCAGCGACGCGAUUGGCGCAACGUCAGAGUCCUCAUUAUUUUCCCGACAGACUGAUAAUGUUAUAAAAAAUCAUUUUAAAGUUACAGAUCCGUCUCUCCGAACCCCACCUACAUCCAUUCCAAUCGCCCAUCGGAGACGGCCGACUAUUGGACGGGGGUGGCGGCCCAGAAACGAGCAGAAUUUGCGGCUGCACGAGAUCGACACCUAGCGCAAGAAGCAACGAGGUCCACAAGUUCCACGGUGUCUUCGCGGAAGCCGAGCAGACCAUCGCCGGAUUCGGAGCUUUUGAGUCCAAAUGGAACCAACCAUUUGAGAGUCCCGUAAGUCGAACUUUAGGUGGAGGAGUUGGGGCGUUUCCUCGGUAAAAUGUGGGCUUGUUACAAUGUUGGGGCAUCAAAUAACAGAGGAAUCCCAAUCGUUGCUGCGGGGUCUUGAUCCAGUGGCAAAAAACGUACCAUUUUGCAUCCGGGAAGUAUCAAAAAUGUGGCGAAAAUCCCUCUCCAAGUGAAAAAAACUCUGAUUUCAAAAGCGCGCCCGCUCUUUUUGUGAGGGAACCCUUCAAAACGAAGUUUUUUUCACUUGGAAAGGGAAACAUUUUGCCACAUUUUUGAUGCUUUCCGGAUGCAAAAUGGUACGUUUUUUGCCACUCGAUCGGGUCCUUCACUGUACACCAAGUGCGACGCUCAGAUUUUGCUGAAACUUGGCAUAGGCUUAUUUUAACUUUUUCUAACACUGUAAGACGAUUUUUUCUAAGUGCUUUUCUCUCUGACCGGUAGAGAUAAAAGAUCCUCUUUGACCGCUCUCCACAUUUUUCGUACUCUCUCGACCGCAAAGAUGGUAGAAUAUCUCGGCCGUCCUUGCAGGGCGCGAGCUAGAACUUUCCGGAAUUCAUAGUUGGCCUGUGCCCGAAGUGUGUGCCAAAUUUAAAGAAAAUUGAAAUUUCAAAACUUCGGCUCCGCUAAAAAAUUUGAUUUUCCAAAAAUAAAAAAUAAACUUUUAUUGGCCAUGAAGCCAAAGGGAAAAUGGACAUAAAAUCCCCAAAAAAAACCUCAGAGUUCUUUGCUCGCAAGAACUCCGGGUAACGAGCGAAUGUUCCCGGUCCAAUUGGUUUUAGUGGUCAGCACGAAAAGGGACAGGCUUGUUUUUCUCAAUUUGAAAUUUUAUUUCCCUUCCUUGUGGGAGCCCCUAAAGAGCUAAACAUUUUGAGACAGCUAUUUCGAUGGGUCUGUUUUUACCAGGUUUCGAGGAUUUGGUCGAUAUUUUUCAGGUAAAAAGUUUUGAGUUUUUGAAAAAUAAUUUUUUUAGGAAGCAUAGACGGAAAAAAUUUUAAAAAAUUGAUCUUUUUUUUGAGAGACUAUGUAAAAUGAGGAGAGUCGGACAGACGAAAAAUGGUCCUUUAGCUGUAAAUUUUUCUAUUCUGCAGCAAAAAAUCGAUUUUUUUGGGAAAAAUUUUUUACUUCUUUUGAUAAAAGGUCAUCGUUUUGAGGACCAUAAUCGCGAAAAAAAUUCUUUUCUUUGUUUAUUUUUUUGAUUUAAAAAUCUUGAAUAUCUCUGCAAAAUACGCGCUGAAAAACUCCAACAUAUCAGUCUGUCGGGAAAAUAAUGAGCGCUAUGUCGCAUCAAAAAUGUCAUCGCCGCCAGGAAAAACGAGUUGUGUUGCGGAAAAAUCCAUUGCUUUUCACUUCAGCGACGCGAUUGGUGCAGCGACAUUGUGCUCAUUAUUUUCCCGACAGUCAAAAAUUUUAGAAAAUAGUGUUUAAAAAUUUAUUUGGGUGAAAUUCGGGGGUACCCCAGAAAAAAUCGGUUUGAAAAAAUGAAAAAAAAAUCCAAAAAAUGAGAAAUAAAAAAACAAAAAAAUAAAUAAAAACUCCAAAAUUUCAAGUCCCCAAAGUCCAAUUUUCGAAAUCUCGAAGCAAAAUCUCGAAAAUAUGAGCUGAAAUUUGGGGUAUCCCACAAAAAAAAUCGAUUUGAAAAAAUGAAUUAAAAUUGAAAGAUUCCAAAAAAGGAGAAGUUUAAAAAAUUUAAAAAUAAAGUAAAAGUUCCUUAUUUUGGCCACAACUUAUAACUUUGCGGAAACUGGUCGGAAUUAGCCCAAAUUUAGCGUGCACGCUCAGUUUAUCGUUGUCAAUGCCCGGACAGUGGAUUUAGUUAGUGAGGUACCUUCUUUUUCACGUACCACCUUACCCUUCAAAAACGGCUGCAGCCUGUGAUUCUACACUUUAUACGAUGAAACAUGUCCGGAACUAAAUUUAUUGCCUCCGUAUGGAACUAAAUGAGUCGUCACAGCCUUCGUAGGUACCCUUAAAACUGUAGAGCUAGUAUAGUAAUUCAGUGCCAGCUAGGUCGAAGCGUUUUUCCUAGCUUUAGUGCCCAAGCUUGGGCGCAGUUCGCGGAGUACCUUUGUUGUGGCCAAAAUAAGGAACUUUUUCCCAAAAAAAUCGAUUCGAAAAAAUGAAGUAAAAUUGAAAAAUUCCAAAAAAGAAAAUUUAAAAAAUAAAAAAAAAAAAUCAAAAAUUUCAAAUUCCAAGAGUCCAAUUUUCGAAAUUUCGAACUUUCGCCGCGGAAUCGGCCAUUUUCCUACCACACCGCUGUCGGGGAUCGGUUGCGGGGAGAGAAUGGCGUCCACUGAGAAACCGUCUGCUUCCAGCACGCGCGGCACGCAGACCGCGGACGCCGCCAUCGCGGCCGGCGAGCAGAACGUGAAUAAACCGUUGGACAUUCAGCAGAUCAACGGCGCUUACAAGCACGACCCGAGUCAGCGAAUCUUCGUCGGCCGCUCGCUGCGACUGGAGAAGAUGAAGUUUUUUGGGUUCGACAUGGACUAUACUUUGGCCAGUAAGUUGGGGGAGGGCUGAAGAUUACUGUAUGGACCUGAGAGGCUAGAAAAAUUGAAAAAGUAUUGAAAAACCAGAUUUUUUCUCGGAAAACGGGGUUUUUUGGCCAAAAAAUUACUUUUAUCGUUGAAAAUGACAUUUGUAACAGCUAGAUAUAGCACUGACAAGACAUUAACUUUGUUUUGAAAGCGAUAUCUUACCUUUUUACAAGUGUAAUUUUGUAAAUUUUGAAUUUUUUGAACUCAUUCGCUUAAAAAGUUUUUUUAUGGCUUUUAAGGCUAAUUUAGAAGAAGUUACUGACUUGUAAUGCAAUUAUUAAAAAGCAAAGUUUCUUUUGAAUGGCAGAUUUAAACUUUUUGCACAUCAAAAUGAAGUGUAACAUCCAAAAACAUAGACUUUUCCUGAUUUUUUGAUGAUUUUUGAUGAUAAACCUGUUUUAACGACUGAAAAUACCUUCACAGAAUAUUAUUUUCAUUUCUUUAUAUUUAUUAUCUAUCUGUUGCUUCUUGCAGUUUCAUUUCCAACAAAAUUUUUCUCUUUUUGAUCUCUAAAUCAAGUGCUAUAUCAAAAAAAACUCGAUUUCCUCCAUAAUUCCCCGCUUUUUCAGACUACAAAUCGCCGCAAUACGAGGCCAUGUUAUUUUCGCGAACCAUCAGCCGCCUCAUCGAGAUCGGGUACCCGGAACAGUUGCGCAAUCUCAAUUACAACUCCAAUUUCCCGGUGCGCGGUCUUUGGUUCGACAUGGUGCAUGGGAACUUGUUGAAGGUGGACGGGUUCGGGAACAUCCUCGUCGGAGUUCACGGCUUCCACUUUAUGAAGCCCAAUGAGAUCGAGGAGCAGUAUCCGAACAAGUUUUUGCAUCUGACUGAUAGUAGAGUGAUCGUGUUGAAUACGUUGUUCAAUAUGCCGGACACGUACUUGUUGGCCUCGUUGGUGGACUACUUUGACAAUGAUCCGGAGUACAAAGUGUAAGUUUAUUGUAGGUUUGAGUGGUAAGAUUGUUUUUUUGCAAUGUUUUUCGCUUUUCGGUAUGAGGGAAAGACUUGACCCAGGGUUUGCAUGUGAGGGAAAGACUUGACCCAGAGUUGUAUAUGAGGGAAAGACGUGACCCAGGGUGUGGGUGUAAGGGAAAGACUUGACCCAAGGUGGGCAAAGACUUGACCCAUAUGGAGAAAAGUGGGUCAAGUCUUUACAUUGACGAAGAAAAUAAAAAUUUCAAUUUUCAACUUGAUUUAUGGUGGUUGUAGGUUUUUUUAAGUUAAGGAAAGUCUUGACACAUUUUUAAAUUUUGGCUUUUAUGUUUCCCUCGGCCGGAAACUUCCAGUUUUUCGCGGUUUUUAUGAUUUUUUUGGUAUUUUUCAGAAUUUUCCUAUGAGGGAAACACUUGACCCAUUUUGAGAUAUUUUGAGUCAAGUCUUUCUCUUGAUGAAAAAUAGUGGAAAUUUUUAAAAAAAUUAUUGUCCAUCAAAUUUUAUCUCCCUUUUUCAGCCUUCCCGACCGCACAGGAGUCCGCCGAAAUGACGUCAUCAUGUCCUACAAGUCGUUUGCCAAAGACGUAACCAACGCCGUGAACUGGGUUCACACCGAGGGCUCCAUGAAACAGUUCGUUUUGAACAACAUUGAGCAGUUUGUGGUGAAAGAUGAGAGAAUCAAACAGCUGCUGCCUCAGUUGCGACGACAUGGGCAGACUUUUUUGUUGACCAACAGCGAGUACAGCUAUACGAAUGUAAGUGAAACAAUAGAUAUUUUUUCAGGGUUGUAGGGAAUAUGGUAGAUGCAAAAAGGUAUUUGAAGUCUUGUAGAUGAGGUGUAUGGAAGAUACAAGGCAUCUGCAGUCUGCAAUUGGCAGUUUUCAUCUAAUUUGGCCUGGCUUCUGGGGAUAUUUCUAGUUUUUUUGAAUCGUUUUUGGCCAAAAUUUUUAUCUUUUCCAAUUUUGUCUCGGUCGUGCUAUGCACAAAAAAUGUAACAAAAUAAAAAAUCCAUCUUGAUUUGUGAGUAAAAAAUAGGUAUUUUUUGAGGGUUGUAGGGAAUAUGGUAGAUGCAAAAUGGCAUUUGAAGUCUUGCGGAUGAGGUUUAUAGAAAAUACAAGGCAUCUGCAGUCUGCAAUUUGCAGUUUUUAUCUAAUUUUACCUUGUUUUUGACAAUAUUUCUAGUUUUAAUCGUUUUUGGCCAAAAUUUUUAUCUUUUCUAAUCAAUUUUGAUAUGUAAACUCAUCAUAACCUAUUCCUAUAACAAAAUUAUUCAACUCCAGGGUGUGAUGACCUAUCUUCUCGGCCCUCAAUGGGCGGAAUACUUUGAUAUUGCCGUGGUGGACGCGAAGAAGCCGAAUUGGUUCGCGGAGGGCACUGUUUUCCGCCAAGUCGACACUUCCACCGGCGUAUUGAAGCUGGGAAUGCACACGGGCCCGUUGAAGAAGGGUCAAGUCUAUUCGGGCGGGUCUUGUGACGCGUUUCGGCGAAUGAUGAAGGCCCGAGGAAAGGAUAUAUUGUACAUUGGAGAUCAUAUUUUUGGAGAUGUUUUGAGAUCCAAAAAGAAUAGAGGUAAGGGUUUUUUUUGUUUUUUGAUAUUUUUGUAAAAUACGGGAAAGGGAGACUUGACCCAAAUUUUGUUUUUUUGGCAAGACAUUAUAGGUUUUUUUUACAUUUUGUUUGUUGAAAAAUAUACAAAAAAAUUUUAAUAACCUUUUAGGCCCAAACUUGGCCCAAAAUUCAAAUUUGAGUCAAGUCUUCCGCUCGCUGCAAAAACUCAAUUUUUUUCAAAUUUUUCCCAAUUUCAGGUUGGAGAACAUUCCUGGUGGUCCCGGAAAUCGAGCAUGAGUUGACGAUCUGGACGGAACGUCACAGUCUAUUCGAACGGCUCGCUCAACUUGACGUCCAACUGGCCAAAUUGUACAAGAAUAUGGAUGCCACUUCGUCCAAUUCGGCUCAUGUGGAAAUUGCAGAAGCUGUGAAAGCUAUUCGAGUGAGCGUUUUGUGAAAAAAUGUCAUUUUUUGUAAAAAAAAAUCAGAUCCGUCAAAUUUUUGAGUCCCACCAUGAAAACCUGACUGCUCAAAAUUUUGUUUUUUUCCUUAAUUGUAAAACAUCUCGAUUUACAAUUUUCCAGGCUAAACAAUACCUAUUUCUUUCAAAACAGUAAUUUUUGGCUAAAUUCACAAUUUUGGGUCCUGGCACGAAAAUUUGAUUUUUCGCAAAACCUCCAAAUUUCAAUUCUAACCUCUUUGCUACCCUCCACAAAGCAACCUACUAAACAUAUUUCCUUUCAAAAGCGUAAUUUUUGGCUAAAUUCACAAAUUUUGGGUCCUGGCACGAAAAUUUGAUUUUUCGCAAAACCUCCAAAUUUCAAUUCUAACGUCUUUACUACCCUCCAAAAAGUAAUAACUACCAAAAAAAGGCAAUUAACAUCCAUCUCCCUCUACAUUUACGGGUCUUUUCACCUUAUCCAUCGCAAACUGACCAGUGGCUCUUCCAGCUCAUAAUUUGGGCCAACUUCUGAAAAUUUUAUUUCGAAUUUCAGAACCUAACCCACGAAAUGGACCAGGCGUACGGCGUGCUGGGCCCACUGUUCCGGUCGGGCUCCAGAACCACAUUUUUUGCGACCCAAGUGGAGCGCUAUGCGGACCUGUACGCCGCCUCGCCGUACAACCUCAUCUACUACCCGACGUUCUACUUUUUCCGCGCCCCCAUGAUGCUCAUGCCGCAUGAGAGUACGGUGGAUCAUUUGGCCAAGAUGUCGAAGCCGACCAACGACAAGCUGGGCCGCCAGCCCUCCAAGUCGAUGGCCAGCUUCUGUCACGAGGACAUUGACGACGAACCCCUCUCCGAGGAGGAGGGAUAUCAGGAUCUGGCGUCGGUGUCGUCCACUGAAGACAACUUCUCGCUGGCGUCGUAUGCGAAGAAGUCGAUGAAUUGA